UCAGCAGGUGCGCUCGUACAACUGCACGACUUUAUGAAAAGGACACUUUCGGGCUUCUGUCGCCUAAAAAAGUAUCUUUGUUGUAUUUUAUAUCACACGUCUAUUUACACGAGGAUUUUCAACUAGACCGGAUUGAUGUUUACUGAAAUGGUGUCCAAGUUGACAUCUCUUCAGCAGGAACUCCUGAGCGCUUUACUGGACUCGGGGGUCACGAAGGAUGUGCUCGUUCAGGCACUGGAGGAUUUAUGUCCGUGUCCCGCUGAAUUCGGAAUAAAAAUCGAGAAACCCUUAUCCCCGUCCAGUGUCAACGGCGGCAGUGACUCAAAUGAUUCAAAGCCGGUGUUUGUGACUCUGGGUAGCGCGCAGGGUAAAGGUAGUAAACUGUCCGGUGAUGAAGGCUCAGAGGACGGGGAUGAAUACGACACACCACCGAUCCUGCGCGAGCUCCAGUCUCUUAACACUGAGGAGGCGGCGGAGCAGCGCGCGGAGGUCGACCGCAUGUUAGCAGAGGACCCGUGGCGCGUGGCGCGCACUGUUAAGGGUUACAUGCAGCAGCACAAUAUCCCUCAGCGCGAGGUGGUGGAUGUCACCGGUUUGAAUCAAUCGCACCUGUCACAGCAUCUCAAUAAAGGGACACCGAUGAAGACGACCAAACGAGCCGCGCUUUACACGUGGUACGUCCAAAAACAGCGUGAAAUCGACCGACAGUUCGACCGUGUUCAGGGCUCUGACCCCAAUGACUCAGGCAGUCAGGAUCAGGUCCUGUUUUUUUUCCCAGAAUUCAAUCAUGCCGGACACAAUCCGGGGACAGUGGGAGGUUCCGGAGUGCCGCUCGGAGACGAGGGCGAGCCGGGUUCCAAGAGAAUGAGGCGAAACCGUUUCAAAUGGGGUCCGGCGUCCCAGGAGAUCCUUUACCAGGCUUAUGAUCGGCAGAAGAACCCCAGUAAAGAAGAGAGGGAGGCGCUGGUGGAGGAAUGCAACAGGGCCGAAUGUAUGCAAAGGGGCGUGUCACCUUCCAAAGCUCAUGGAUUAGGAUCUAAUCUGGUCACAGAAGUUCGCGUAUACAACUGGUUCGCUAACCGGCGUAAGGAGGAAGCGUUCAGACAGAAGCUGGCGAUGGACACGUACACCCCACACAGCAUGAAUCCACUGCUGUCUCAUGCAUCACCACACACGCAACAUCAUCACAGUAACUCAGAUUCAAAACUUCGGUACAGUCAUCAGGGAACCGGUGAGGUCACUUCCUCCACAGCCAUCAGUCAUCAUGGAAACAGCCAAUCGGUAUUGCAACAGGUGUCUCCGGGUGGUCUGGAUCCCUGCCACAGUUUGUUAUCCGCAGAUGCCAAAAUGAUCUCAGUCUCGGGUGGAGUUUUGCCUCCUGUAAGCACUCUGACCAACAUUCAUAGUCUUUCUCAAUCAUCUCAUCAUCAUCAUCACCAGCAAGCACAGAGUCUCAUAAUGAGCUUGGCUGCUCAAAGUCUCACAUCUCCUCAGUCUCAGGGUGUGCCCGUCAUCAACAGCGUCUCUGGACUCACAACCCUGCAGCCGAUGCAGUUUCCACCGAGCUCCAGCCUCACCCAGCUGACCACAGCACACAUCUCUCAACAGCCCUUUGCACAAGCGCACAUGUACUCUCCCAAACAAGAAGCCCAGUUUUCUCAUACUUCUCGGUACACAACUAUGGACAGCAGCACCAUCACACACUUGGGCUCCAGCAAACAGUGUCCUUUGCAGGCCUGGUGAAUGAACACGCUGGAGUGAGAACUUCCCCGGCAGCUUAGCAACAGCAGGACCUGACAUCUGCAUUUCUCAGUUACUCUGGUAACUUCUCAGUAUGGAGACCCAAUAGUUAAAGCACUGCCUCUGGAUUAUAUGACAGCGAAGAACUGUUGAUUUAUAUAUAUUACACUUGUAUAGCGGAUAAUGGAACAAAGCCAAGCCGAUGAAACACUGAGCCGAAGGUUUCGCACCGAUCAGUAUCGGGUAAAGAAAUCUUCCAUGAUGUUGUAUAUACACUUUAAUGAGGAAAUAUGUUUUGUUAUUAAAUAAUAAUAAAAGGUCAACUUUUCAGACAAAACGUUUUAUAAAAAAUAAUAGUCAAUCACGGAUGAGAUUUUAUUACCACAAAUAAGUCUGAGAUUUGAAAUGUAUGCCAUAUUCUAAAGACAAUCAUCAUGUAAAAUCACUUUCUUAUGUCAGAAGAUGGUCUCUCCAUUUCAUUGCAUAGACUUGCACAUAAAAGUCCCAAAAGAUGCUACAAAUGUAAAAUGUAAUUGCUUCUCAGGGAUUGAUUUCACAAUACUCCAUUGUAGCUAAUGUUUUGAAGAUGUGUAUAACUGCCUAAAGGCUGUGCUAUUUUUAUAUAUGUUUUGGAAUCACUGCAAUCAUAUUUAUAUUUUGUGUAAAUUGAAAAAUAAAUAAUACUUUUUGAAGAAUA